AUGGCCGCUAAUAAGACACCUGAUAUCACUCUCUACACGGCGCAGACUCCUAACGGUAUCAAGAUUUCCAUUGCGCUGGAAGAACUAGGCCUCCCCUACAAAGUCCAAAAGAUCGAGUUCAGCAAAAACCAGCAAAAAGAGCCAUGGUUCCUGGAGAUCAACCCCAAUGGCCGCAUUCCAGCCAUUACCGAUACGUUCACCGAUGGCAAGCAGAUCAAUCUUUUUGAGUCUGGCGGCAUCUUGCAAUACCUGGUCGAAAACUACGAUCCAGAACACAAACUCUCAUAUCCCCGCGGAACACGAGAAUACUAUGAAGUGAAUAAUUUUCUCUUCUUCCAAAACUCAGGCGUCGGACCAAUGCAAGGUCAGGCAAAUCACUUCUACCGGUACGCUCCAGAACAUAUCGAAUAUGGCAUAAACCGAUAUCAGAAUGAAACCCGCCGAUUGUACGGUGUGCUCGACAAGCAUCUGGCCAAUUCUAAAUCCGGCUUCCUUGUGGGCGACCACAUCUCGAUCGCCGACGUGAGCCACUGGGGAUGGGUUGCCGCGGCUGGUUGGGCUGGCGUCGAUAUCGAUGAGUUCCCGCAUCUCAAGGCCUGGGAGGAAAAACUUGCGGCGCGGCCGGGGGUGGAAAAGGGGAGACAUGUGCCUGAAAGACAUACGAUCAAGGAUGAUCUCAAGAACAAGGAGGAGCUGGAGAAGAAAAGGAAGGAGGGAGCUGCGUGGGUGCAGCAAACAAUGGCAGACAAUGCCAAAAAAUGA